AUGGCCGACGACGCUGCCGCUACGCCCGCUACGGCGUUCGCCCAGAAGACUUCAGGCGGUAACAACGCAUACCACAAUUUCCACAAUGACUUCGUGCACAUCUCGGAUCCUAAUGAGCGCCGUCGUCUUGCGCUCGCCGAGAUUGACAAGGCUCCCUUCGGAUGGUACCACGUCAGAGCUUGUAUAGUUGCCGGUAUUGGUUUCUUUACAGAUUCGUACGAUAUCUUCGCCGUUAGUUUGUUAAACACCAUGCUGGGAAUUGUCUACUACCCGGGCAAGGGUUCCCUACCUUCUUCUUCCGACAAUGCCAUUAAGUUGUCGACCUCCGCCGGUACCGUUAUUGGACAGUUGGCUUUCGGUUACCUUGCGGAUCACGUCGGACGAAAGCGUAUGUACGGUCUUGAGUUGAUUAUCAUCAUCUUCGCAACCCUCGGUCAGGCUCUAAGCUCCGGUUCUCCCUCCGUUAACAUCAUCGGUCUCAUCAUCUUCUGGCGUGUCCUCCUCGGUGUCGGUAUUGGUGGAGAUUACCCUCUUUCCAGUAUUAUCACUUCCGAGUUCGCGACUACUAAGUGGAGAGGAGCCAUGAUGGGUGCUGUCUUUGCCAUGCAGGGUAUUGGACAGUUGGUUUGCGCAUUCGUCAUGUUGUUCGUUACUCUUGGCUUUAAGGAGGCUCUUCAGGCAUCGCCCGCGGUUUCUGACUGCACGGGAUACUGCACGGUUGCUGUCGACAAGAUGUGGAGGACUUUGAUUGGUUUCGGCGCUGUUCCGGCUUGCAUAGCCCUCUACUACCGAUUGACGAUUCCCGAGACUCCUCGUUACACCUUCGAUAUCGGCCGCGAUGUUGAGAAGGCCGCCGACGAUGUUAAGGCGUACAUGUCUGGUAAGGCCGAGGGACAGCCUGACGAUAUUGCCCGUAUCCAGGCCCGUGAGGCUGCUCAGACGCAGAUGACAAUUCCUAAGGCCAGCUGGAGCGACUUCUGCCGUCACUACGCCAUCCCCAAGAACGGUCUGCUCCUAUUCGGUACCGCUGGCUCGUGGUUCUGCCUCGACGUUGCCUUCUACGGUCUGUCCCUGAACAAUGCUACCAUCCUAAACGUCAUUGGCUACUCUACCAGCGGCGCUAAAAGCACCUAUGAGGUUCUGUACAACACUGCCAUUGGUAACCUUAUUAUCGUCCUUGCUGGCGCCGUGCCCGGAUACUGGGUGUCGGUCGCCACUCUCGACACUCUAGGCCGAAAAACCAUCCAGAUGGGUGGUUUCAUCAUCCUAACCAUUCUUUUCAUCGUCAUGGGCUUCGCGUACAACCAUAUUUCUAGCAACGGAUUAUUGGCCAUCUACGUGCUUGCCCAAUUCUUCUUUAACUUCGGUCCCAACAUGACCACUUUCAUCGUCCCCGGCGAGGUAUUCCCGACCCGUUACCGAUCAACCUCGCACGGUAUCUCUGCUGCCUCCGGCAAGAUUGGCUCCAUCAUCGGCCAGGGUGCCAUCUCCACUCUGCGAACGAGGGGUGCUACUCAUAAUAACCCUAACCCCUGGAUGGACCACGUUCUCGAGAUCUACGCCCUAUUCAUGUUACUCGGCUGCUUCACCACCCUUUGCAUCCCGGAGACCAAGCGCAAGACCCUCGAAGAGCUUUCCGGCGAGGAUCAACCCGCGCCUCUGCCGGUACCAUCCAGCAGCAGCAACGACAAGAAUGCCGCUGAGUCUCUAUGA